AUGGCACCGGCACUUACAGACGCCCUCCCAACAGCCCCGCAUAAGCUCGGCCCUAUUUCCAAGGACAUCUUCCCAGAUGGCUUGAAAACAACCGGCCAACACCCUCCUCUCUAUAACGAAAUCGUCUCCUUUGAUCAGUUCCCGAAGCAGAUUACAGGUCCGACGGUCUGGAAGCCUGAGGAUUAUCGCGAGAGUCCAGAGAAGUGGACGCAUACAUUCGAUGAGGAACAAGUCGCCGAGCUGAGUGCUGCGGCGGAUGCGUUCCUUGCGUCCAAGACCCCGUUGACUGGUAUCUCGAAGAGCAAUUUCCAACUCCCCAAUCUAGCAGGCUACCUCCACAAGCUGCGCGCCGACCUGAUCGACGGCAAGGGAUUUAUUCUCUUCAAGGGCUUCCCUGUGCAGAAAUGGGGUAACCACAAGUCCGCCGUGGCAUACAUGGGUCUGGGAACCUACCUCGGCUACUUCGUCAGCCAAAACAGUCGCGGUCAUGUCCUCGGCCACGUCAAGGACCUCGGCGAGGAUUCAACCCAGAUCGACAAGGUCCGAAUCUACCGCACCAAUGCUCGGCAAUACUUCCACGCCGACGACUCAGACAUAGUCGGCCUCCUCUGCAUCGCCAAAGCCCUCGAAGGCGGCGAAAGCGACCUAGUCUCCUCGCACAACGUCUACAACACGCUCGCCACCGAGCGACCAGACGUGCUCAAAACCCUCACCUCCCCAAUCUGGUACUUCGACCGCAAAGGCGAAACCUCCACCGGCCAAGAAGAAUUCAUCCGCACAAGCGUCAUCUACCUGGAACGCAGCGAAGCCGAAACAGGCGUCCAGCCGCGCGUCUACACAAAAUGGGAUCCGUACUAUGUGCGCUCGCUUGGUCGUUUCAGUGAUGCGGGCAUCAUCCCCCCGCUGAGCGCUGAACAACUCGAGGCAUUGAAGGUUCUGGAGGAAACGUGUGUCAGGUUGAGCUUGCAUAUGGUGUUGGAUAUUGGUGAUAUUCAGUUCCUUUCUAAUGCGCAUAUUCUCCAUGCGCGCACUGCUUAUACCGACCACGCGCCGCCUAGGCCUCGUCGGCAUUUGAUGCGGCUUUGGUUGGCGACGCCUGAGGAGGAGGGCGGCUGGAGGUUGCCUUUUUGGGAUAGUAAUGAGAAGAAGAGGGGUGGUAUUCAGGUUGAUGACCAGGCGCCUGUGGCGCCUUUGGAUGCUGAGUAG